AUGUCCUCCGACGAAAUCGUCUGGCAGGUAAUCAACCAGCAAUUUUGCUCGUUCAAACUCAAACUUAGCACCAAAGACCAAACCUUCUGCCGCAACGAAUACAACCUCACUGGCUUUUGCACCCGUCAAUCCUGCCCGCUCGCUAAUUCCCGCUAUGCGACCGUCCGCCCUGAUCCCGAGACCGGGGCAUUGUGCCUCUUCAUCAAAACCCCCGAACGUGCCCAUCUACCAAGUAAAUGGUGGGAAAAAAUACGGCUGCCGAAUAAUUACGAAAAAGCCCUGGCGGCGAUCGAUGAGAAACUGGUCUAUUGGCCGAAAUUCUACGUACAUAAGAGUAAGCAAAGACUUACGCGGUUGACGCAGGUGGCGAUUCGCCAGCGGAGGAUUGCGAAGGAGGAAGAAAGACUGGGGGAAAAAUUGGUGCCCAAACUGGCGGCGAAAGUGAGGAGGAGGGAGGAGACGCGAGAGAGAAAGGCGGAGAGUGCGGCGAAGGUGGAGAGGGCGAUUGAGAGGGAGUUGAUUGAGCGGCUGAGGAGCGGCGCAUAUGGGGAUAGACCCGUGAAUGUGGAGGAGGGUGUGUGGAAGAAGGUGCUUAGGGGAUUGGAACGGGAGGAGAAGGGGGAGGAUCUGGAGGAGCAAGAGGAGGAAGAAGACCAAGAGGCUGAAGCGGAAGUGGAGUAUGUGAGUGAUAUGGAGGAGAGUGAAGGAGAAGAUGUGGGAGAAUUGGAGGAUUUGGACGGUUGGUUUGGUGGGGAGAGCGCAGAUGAAGAAGAUGGUGAAGACGAUGAAGGUGAAGAGUCUGAAGAGGAUGAGAGCGACGAUGGCUCUGAUGGGAGCGAGAAGAGCACAGAGGACGAUGAAGAAGAUGCCGCUCCAGGAAAGAAGAGAAAGCGUGCAGCAAAACCACCGACGAAGCCUCGCAAGAAACAAGGCCGGGUGGAGAUUGAGUAUGAGACGGAGUUGCCGCAGAAAGAAGUCUUACUUGCUUGA